AUGAGACCGGUGACCGAGUUAGCUAGCUGGAUCAGCCGAUCUCUGAUCUCGGCCUCGACGACGGCGGUGAACUCACAUGCUCGGCCAUGGACUCCAUUACUGGAGCAAACGCUUCACGGGCUCGGCUGCCGCGACUCACUUACUCCAUCACUAGUGGCUCGCGUAAUCGACCCGCAUCUGCUGAGUCAUCACUCGCUGGCGCUGGGGUUCUUCAAUUGGGCAGCUCAGCAGCCCGGGUUUGCUCAUGAUUCGGCUUCCUACCGAUCGAUAUUCAAGUCCCUGUCCACUUCUCGCCAGUCCAUUGCCUCCGUCGUCGAAUCCUUGUUGAGGCAGGUUAAAGCUCAGAGCUUGGCGCUCGAUUCGCUGACUUGUGGCUUCGUCAUCAAGACUUUAUUGCAGGGCAAGAUGAUCCGGAAGGCAGUUUUGGUUUUUGACGAGAUGAUGAAAUCGGGGGGUUCGUCUAUCGAGCCAGAUGUAUGUAACUCGCUCUUGGCUGCUUUGUGUUCCGAAGGUUCUUUGGAGAAUGCACUGAAAGUGUUUGAGAAAAUGGCUGAGAGGAAAGUUGGGUUUAGUAGUGUUGGGUUCGGAGUGUUUAUAUGGCGGCUUUGCAGAGAUUAUGAGUUGGGGAAAGUGUUGAGCUUGUUGGAUAGGGUGCAAAGUGAUGGUCAAUCUUCAAUUGAUGGAUCAAUUAUAGCUCUCCUCGUUGUUGAUGGGCUCUGCCAGGUUUCCAGAGUUGAAGAAGCUUUGUGGGCAUUGACUGAGUUGAGAAUUAGGCACUGUAAACCUGAUUUCAUGGCAUAUAGAAUAGUCGCUGAGGCAUUUAGAACAACAGGAAGUGUGGUCGAUGUAAACAUAGUUCUGAAGAUGAAGAGGAAGCUAGGAGUAGCACCGAGGAGUGAUGACUAUCGAGAGUUCAUUUUUGGGUUAAUAGCUGAGAGACGGAUAAUGGAAGCCAAAGAACUAGGUGAAGUGAUUGUGCAUGGCAAUUUCUCUAUUAAAGAUGAUGUCUUGAACGCACUGAUUGGAUCGGUGUCAUCAAUCGAUCCUUGUUCUUCGAUUAUGUUCUUCGAUUUCAUGGUGGGAAAAGGUGUGCUCCCUACUCUGUUAACAUUGAGUAACUUGAGCAGGAAUCUCUGCAGGCAUGGAAAGAAUGAGGAGUUAUUGAAUGUAUACAAUCAACUAUCUGAAAAUGAUUAUUUUUCUGAUAUGGAGAGUUGCAAAGUUAUGUUUUCAUUCCUAUGCAAGGCUGGGAGAGCGAGAGAAGCUUAUGGAUCUCUCCAGGAGAUGAAGAAGAAAGGGUUGGAGCCUGAUAUCUCAAUGUAUAAUCUCCUGAUGGAGACAUGUUGCAGGCUUGAUCUCGUGCGUCCUGCUAAGAAGCUUUGGGAUGAGAUGUUUGUGACUGGAUGUGGAGUGAAUCUGAGAAGUUACAAUAUCUUGAUUGGGAAGUUAUCAGAUACUGGUGAAGUUAAAGAGGCUGUGAGUCUAUUCGAUCGCAUGUUGGAUAGAGGAGUGGCGCCAGAUGCUGCAACCUACGAUUUUGUGCUUGAUGGGCUCUGUCGAGAAGCCGAAUUCGAUGAUGCUGUUGUAGUGUUUAACAAGUGUGUGGAGAAUCAGGAUGCGGUGCUUGCACGAAAUGUGCUGAGGAAUUUCAUUCUCAAGCUCUGUGGAAAAGGUGAAUUCCUUCUAAGCUCUAAGCUGCUCCGUGGCCUCACAUACGAUGUAGCACAUCCCGACUCUCAUGUAAUCUUGCUGAAAUGUUUAGCUGAGGCUAAAGAGUCUAGAAUUGCUGGUGAACAUGUGAAAUGGAUUCGGGAAACGUCACCCUCAAUGUCCCGUACAGUUACCUCUCAGAUUUCAGCCUCUCCCUUGUCUUCCACGGAGCCAGACUUGCUUCAGCAAUUCGCCUGGGCAAUGCCAGCAGACCAAUGCGGCGUAGAUGUCAUGGAUAGAGGCAACAUUUGCUCGAUGUAACUCAAACGCUGCCACCAUUGUCAGAGUUGGAAUGUGAAAGGUUGAGAGUAGUCAUGGAUGAAUGAAGGGCAAGCGCUGGAAUUGAAAGGGGUCUCAAGUAAAAGGAAAGCCAGUCAAUGGCAGAGACUAGUGGCUCAAUAUGCUGCUAAACUUGUGAGUAUUUUGCCCAUGCUUCACAAAGAAUGAAAAGCUUCAAGACAUAAUGAUGCUGGGUGUGUACAGUGUACUUAUAUACUGUACAGAAACGGCCAUAAAG